AUGGCCAGCCCGGCCUUUUUGCCCAGUUUCACACAGGGCGGCCAGAGAGCCAUUGCGGGCACUCCCCCAGAAAGGCGCGGUGCACUGCUAUUGACUCCUCCAGCUUCAGUUGAGCGACGCACGCUCUCAGAUCCUAGCGUGGAGGGCUUGUUAAAAAUCUUCGAGAACCAUCAACAUAAUUCCCUAGACGCGCAAGAGGCUUCAGUCAGGUUAUCACCACCGCAGUUUGAUCAGCUAAAGGCUGCACUCAGCGGUGACCCGUCGUUGGAUUCAUACGUCAAAGACAAGGUGCGGGUGGAUUAUGAUCCGCAAUCCCAAGACCUCAUUAUCCGCAUGCCUACUCCAAUCCACGAGUUCCUAUCUGCGUCCGUUGCCGAUGAGAUAUACGAAAACAUUAAACGUAUCGCUGCACAAACAGGUGCGGCUGGGGAAUUCGCGGCACAAAUCAGGAAUGGAGCCUCGUCCCGAAUACUCUUAAAGGAAGACACAGAAGAGGAGGGAACCAGCAAUGUCGGCUGUGCGUGGCAACGACAUCCAGAUGGUCAGUUUCAGCAUCAGAAGGCAGCAUAUCCCGGCGUGGUGGUGGAGAUAUCCUACUCACAAGAUGGCAAAGACCUCGGAAAAUUGGCCUGGCAAUAUAUACAGCUUUCGAACGGCGACAUCAAAGUUGUCAUCGGAAUUGACAUCAACGACGUGUCGAAAUCAUCGACGGUAUCACUAUGGCGGGCUAAAUAUGUCCGCGAAGAUGAUGAGGAUGUUCUCGAUGUCGAACAAGAGAUUGCUUAUCAGGUAGUUGGACUGGCGUUGAGGGAUUUCGCGCCGGACGAGCUUUGUGAAGGGCUGGGAGCGACAGGACUGCAAAUAACAUAUGCAAGGCUUGCAGAGCUUCUCAUUCAGGCGCAAGGGAUGCAAACCGCCAGAGAACAUGCUACAGAUGGUGGAGUCAGAUCGAGCCGGAAGAGAAGGAGGCCUGCUCCGGUAUCUAGCUCACCUGAUCGUCUAUUGUCCGACGAUGAAACUCAAUUCCGUCUCGAUGAGGAGAAAGUUGCCGAAGAAGCCGCUGCUGCUGAUGAUGACUUCCAGCUGCCAACAAGAAAGAAGCGGCCCUAA